AUGUAUGUCAAACUGCUCCUCGUUGUCUGCCAUAUUCUCUUCUUCUACUACGGCAUUCUUCCUCUCAUCAACUACUUUCGGGACCCCAAGGGCCUUCGAAAGUACCCGAAACCCUCCUUCUGGUCGGGCAUCUCCAACCUUCCUCUCGUCAUUGAGUCACGCAAAGGGACACGAUAUAAGCGACUCUUUGAAGCGCACAAAAAGCAUCCUACCCUCCGCACCGGCCCAAAUACACUGUCCUAUGCAGACCACAAAGCCAUCAAAGACAUCUAUGGUCACAGCACGACAUGCACGAAAGACCUGUUCUAUUCUAUUACAAGUGGCUCCCACUUUCACCUUGCCGACGUGAUUGACAGGAGCGAGCAUCCCCGCAAACGCAAGGUUCUGUCCAGUGCAUACGCGCUCAAGAACCUCGAAUCUAGGGAAUACAAAGAUUUGACCGUCGACUACCGGAUGUGGACGAACUUGUUCACCAUCGCGGCGAUUGCGAAUAUCGGAAACGACCUGAUCACCUCGGAGUCGAUGGAUGGGACCGUCAAAAGAGUGAGGUUCGGAGAAUGCCACUUUGCCAAUGGCUCGGCCACGUCCACGCUUGUCUGGUGCUAUGACUGGUACCAGACUUCCGUGAAGGCCAGCAAGCUCUUCUCCACCACGUUUCGCAGGACCUGGAAGCUCCGCAGGGACUGGGACGGGAUCGUGUACAGCAGGUCCAAUAAUCGGCUCAAGCGGUAUCUGAACGGCGAGAAGCUGGAUGACUUCUUUUCCGCGAUGAUGGCGGACAAAAACGGAGGACCACAUAAUCUCGAAUGGGGCGAGGUAAUCGCCGAGGUGAGUAUCAUGAUCAACGCGGGGUCCGAUACCACGGCUAUCGCGUUGGCCAAUACGAUGCUCCUUCUCUUAAGAAACCUAGAUUGCUUGCAGAAGCUGCGAGAGGAGGUGGACAAUGUCAUGAAUGAAGACGAGAUCGUCGCGCCAUACGACAAGGUCAAGCAUCUGCCUUAUCUUCGUGCCUGCCUGGACGAGUCGAUGCGCCUGCAUCCCCCGGUUUCCUUUGCCUUGCCUCGCCGGACACCACCCGAGGGGACCACCAUACUUAGUGAGUUUGUCCCAGGAAACACCUCGGUGGGUAUCUCGGCAUAUGUCGUGCACCGGAACGAGACCAUCUUCCCAGAUUCAGAGGCCUAUAAGCCUGAACUCUGGCUGGGCGAGAAGGGCAAGGAUUUGCAGCCAUACUUCGUGGCCUUCAGCACAGGCGCGAGAGGGUGUAUUGGUCGCAAUAUCAGUUAUCUCGAACAGACAGUGCUGAUAGCCUCGCUGGUGCAUCGCUAUGAGUUUGCGUUGCCGCAUCCUACCUGGGAACCGACCCCACAUGAAACUACCAACACAGGCCUUGGUGCUAUCCCGAUAAAGAUUUGGCGAUGGGGAGAGCAUUAG